AUGACAAGCAGUGGUGGAGAAUGGCUAUCAAUCGAGGACCUGAUGGAGAAGAUCAGCAACAAGUCGGCGCAGGAAAGGAAGAUGUCCCAAGCCAAUCAUCUCUCCUAUUCGGCCCGAAUGCGCGGUCGCUCCAAGCAACCCAUUUAUUCAUCUGACAAACGUGUCAAGUUCACUCAGAAAAGUGGUGUCAAAUGGGUCCGCAUUAUCACAGUUCUCGGCUACAUCCUUUCCGUUUCUCUCCCAGCAAUUUCUUUGAGCGUUUAUUACAUCUACAUUUGGGAUCCAGGAUACAUCACAAAGUACCCCGCUGAACCUGUGAACAAGACCGUCUUAAUCCAUAAGUCGCCUAUACUAUCCCAACGAGUGGAACGGGAUAUGAUAGUCACUACAAUCGAGGAAAAAGUGGAGGAAUCCAAAACAAUAGAUCUAGCGUCUAUUCUACAGGAUGGCCUCAAAUCAAUGGAAUCUAAAGAGAGAACCGCUUCGGACAAUGGAUGA